AUGGACGAAGAUGAGGGCGAAGGUCUAGACGCCCGGCAACACAACCCAACGCGUUCCUUACAGUCGGGGAUAGUGGGAGACUUUCUCUCCUCUGGAGGUGCCAGAUACAGGAAUCUACAAAGAACUCCAGAGGGCUGCACACUGGCUGCCGAAGAGACUGAGCUGGGGUCCCCCGACCUGCUCCAAACUUCUGGCUUGCCUACCGAUAGGAUUCUUCCCGUAACCCAAGUACAGUUGUCCCCUCCCCGCCUCGAAGACUGGGAGAAUCUCUACAAGAAAGCUCACUUGUACCUGCCAAAGGAAGCCCCCACCCCCAUCCAAAAAAAAAUCCUUCUGCCCAAGCAACCUCUGGAACAGAGGAGAGCACGACGCGGGAAGGCGGAGCCCAGCUCCCCGAAGGCAGAAUACGAUGAAAGUACCUCCUUGGUCCUAGAGGGAACCGCCCAGCCUGGCAACGACUCAUCCUUUGCCGACCAUGAGAACAGCACCCAGGUCCCCUCUCCUGGGAACCUCACCUUCUCCUCCUACUACCAGCACUCCUGGCCCGUGGCCACCGUGUUCAUCAUGGCCUACGUCCUCAUCUUCCUCUUGUGCCUGGUGGGAAAUAGCCUCGUGUGCUUUGUUGUGGUCAAGAACCGGCAGAUGAGGACGGUCACCAACAUGUUCAUCCUGAACCUGGCUGUCAGCGACCUGCUGGUGGGCGUCUUCUGCAUGCCCACCACCCUGGUGGACAACCUGAUCACAGGUUGGCCAUUUGAUAUCAUCACGUGCAAAAUCAGUGGUCUGGUCCAAGGCAUGUCGGUUUCAGCUUCCAUCUUCACCCUGGUCGCCAUUGCUGUGGAAAGGUUCCGCUGCAUUGUUCAUCCCUUCCGCCAGAAGCUGACCCUGAGGAAGGCACUGGUCACCAUCACCAUCAUCUGGGUCCUCGCGCUGACUAUCAUGUGCCCGUCAGCCAUCACUCUGACCGUCACUCGGGAGGAGCACCACUUCAUGGUGGACAGCCAGAACCGCUCGUACCCCCUCUUCUCCUGCUGGGAGGCCUGGCCUGAGAAGGGCAUGAGGAAGAUCUACACCACAGUCCUCUUCUCCCACAUCUACGUGGCCCCCCUGGCCCUGCUCAUCAUCAUGUAUGCUCGCAUUGCUUUCAAGCUCUUCAGGUCCCGGGACCCCCAGCCCGAUGAGGCGGCUAUGGAGAGGCAGCGCGCAUCCAGGCGGAAGGCCAAGGUCGUGCACAUGCUCAUCAUUGUGGCCCUGUUCUUCACUCUCUCCUGGCUCCCUCUCUGGUGUCUGCUGCUCCUUACAGACUACGGCCACCUGAGCGAGCAGCAACUGUACCUGGUCAGCGUCUACAUCUUCCCCUUCGCUCACUGGCUAGCCUUCUUCAACAGCAGUGCCAACCCCAUCAUCUAUGGCUAUUUCAACAGGAAUUUCCGCAGAGGCUUCCAGGCUGCCUUUCAGACCCAGCUUUGCUCCGUCAAAUGGGGAAAUCACAGGGAAGCCUACUCUGAGAGACCUGGUAGACUCUUGGCUGGGGCCCUGUGCAACCGAAUCUUUGUGGAGGUGCAGCCAAGUGAUUCAGCGCCGCCCACUGAGUCAGGCCAGAGUGGCGAUGUCCCGAGGAUGGGACGCUUCCCCCUGCAGAGUGGUUGGAUGGCCCAUCACCGGCUGGCCAUGAAGGAAGAUCUGGGUGGUCAAGGCUGUUCCCACGUACCCCUUAGUAUCCCAGCUUGGGAUAUCUGA